AUGCCCCAGGAGGAGCAGGAGGGCACUGGGCUGGAGUGGCCUUCCCAGAUCCAGCGUGCCUUUCCGGAGGGCAGGGCCAGGCCUGAGUGCAGCUGCCAGCCAGGCUCUGUGGAGCAUCCGCACUUGACACAGGAUGUGACCUGGCAGUGGACGACCUUGACCGUGAAGAAACUACCCAAGUGGGUGUUUGCUGAGGAGCCACUGAUCAUGCUCAGAAAGCCAGUUAGUUGGCAGGCCCAGGACUGGGCUGCCCGCAGCCUCUCGGGGAAGCAGACAGAAGACAUCACCAUUGCCUACAAAGUGCUGGAAGUGUACCCUCAAAGCCGCCAAGUGCUUAUAACCUGCGACAUCCCGGAGGCCCCCCGGCCCAUCACUUACUCCCUCAUAGCUAGCCAAGGUCUCCUGGUGACAAAGAAGGUAGUGCACGACUACAAGCCAGUCUCCUUCAAAAUCAACAUCACACUCAAGUCCAGCCCAGACCUGCUCACCUACUCCUGCCAAGCAGCCUCUCACUCGGGCGCCUAUGGGCCCAGCACCAGGCUGCAGAUGUACUGGGAGCUGUGGGCCAAGCCCGUGUCCCAGCUGCGGGCUGACUUCACCCUGUACGAUGGGGACUCAGGCCCCACUGUGGAGCUGUCCUGCCUGGCAUCCUCAGGCAGCCCACCCAUCGUCUACAGCUUGGUUGGGAAUGACGGGCGUGUGCACGCACAGCAGAGGCCACUCCAUGGGAAGCCGGCCAACUUCUCCAUCCCACUGGCCCAGAUGUCGGGCUGGUUCCACUGCGAAGCUGCGAACAGCGUUAGCGUGGACAGCAGCGCCCGAGUUCUGCUGCCCCCAGGUGAGAAGGCCCUUCCAGGCCUGGAGCGGGGUCUACAGCGGGAGCUGCCCGUGACAGCCACCUGCAUGCUGGCUGGCAGCCUGGUCUCCAUUGCAGCUAUUAGUUUCGGGAUGCUGAGGUCAACCAGUCCUGAGACCAUCACUGUGUGGUUUGCCCUGCGUGAUCUUGACAUCUAG